CGGAAUUGGACGCCAAAUCCGAGCGAUUCUAUCGGAGGAGUAAACAUGGAGGACAACGGCGGUGAAGAUCCUGUUAAUAACAACAAUGAUACAACGGUAUCUUCGGAGGGAUCUACUAUUAAGGUUACAGUCAAAACCCCGAAAGAUAAGGAAGAAAUCGCCAUAUCGGAAGAUGCCUCGGUCACUCAGUUUAAGGAGGAGAUCUCGCGGAGGUUCAAAGCCAAGCAGGAUCAGUUGGUUCUGAUCUUUGCAGGGAAGAUACUGAAAGACGGGGACUCUCUCAACCAACACGGCAUCAAGGACGGCCUGACAGUCCACCUGGUCAUAAAGACGGCACACAAGGCAGGAGAUGGUGCUAGUUCCUCCACCUCCUGCACCUCCCAGGUAGGCAGCAGUAGUGGCAGCUCCUCGGGCCCCAGUUCUGCAGCCCACUCCUCCACAGUAGGGUCCACUGGAGGCCCUGCCUCGGCACCCCCACAGACCCCCAACAUACUGACCGGGUUCGGUGACCUGUCCAGCCUGAGCAGUAUGGGCAUGGGCUCAGCUAACUUCAUGGAGCUGCAGCAGCAAAUGCAGAGCCAGCUGAUGUCCAACCCAGAGAUGCUGUCUCAGAUCAUGGAGAACCCCCUGGUGCAGAACAUGAUGUCCAACCCAGACCUGAUGAGGCAGAUGAUCGUGGCCAACCCUCAGAUGCAGCAGCUGAUGGAGCGUAACCCCGAGAUCUCCCACAUGCUCAACAACCCCGAGCUUAUGAGACAGACCAUGGAGCUGGCCAGGAACCCUGCUAUGAUGCAGGAGAUGAUGCGUAACCAGGAUCGGGCGCUUAGCAACCUGGAGAGCAUUCCGGGGGGCUACAACGCCCUGCGACGGAUGUACACAGACAUCCAGGAACCCAUGUUCAGCGCCGCACGAGACCAGUUUGGAAACAACCCUUUCUCAGCCCUGGGGGGCAACUCUGAUGGGGGGGUGCAGCCAUCGAGGACAGAGAACCGGGAACCACUGCCCAACCCAUGGGGCCCCCCCAGCUCCACCAACCCCUCUGAGGGUGGAGGGGGCACGGGCACCACAGGCUCCUCUACCACUGGCAGCACCAACCCCAGUGUCUCCAACCCUCUGGGUGUCAACUCUGCCAGUCUGGGAAAUGGCAUGUUCAGCAGUCCAGGCAUGCAGAGUCUGAUGCAGCAGAUUUCAGAGAACCCCCAGCUGAUGCAGAACAUGCUGUCUGCUCCCUACAUGCGCAGUAUGAUGCAGUCUCUGGCCCAGAACCCAGACAUGGCCUCCCAGGUGUUGAUGAAUAAUCCCCUUUUUGCUGGAAACCCCCAACUGCAGGAACAGUUCAGGAGCCAGCUGCCUGUCUUCCUGCAGCAGAUGCAGAACCCAGAGGCGCUCUCUGUCAUGACCAACCCCCGAGCCAUGCAGGCUCUCCUCCAGAUACAACAGGGUCUACAGACGCUGCAGACAGAAGCACCGGGACUCAUGCCCAGUUUGGCACCGGGUGGGCUGCCAGGUGGUCUACCAGGGGGGCUAGUAGGUGGAUUACCAGGUGGAAUACCCACAACCCCCCUGUCCGUAGGAGGGGGUGUGGCUCCAGAGAACCCCGCCUCUUCACCGAGCGCCGGAACAAACCCCGCCCAGCAGCUGAUGAUGCAGCAGAUGCUCCAAAUGUUCGCAGGAGGGAAUGCCUCGAGCCAGACCCCGGAGGUGCAGUUCCAGCAGCAGCUGGAGCAGCUGGGUGCUAUGGGCUUCAUCAACCGAGAGGCCAACCUGCAGGCCCUGAUCGCUACAGGAGGAGAUGUCAACGCUGCCAUCGAGAGACUGCUGGGCUCUCAGCCCUCAUAAAGACACACUCGCACACACACCGUUACGUAUAUAAGCAUACGUCGAUACAGACACGCGCACACACACUAUCCAGCUCUGGGUAGCAAGGGAUAAACACACACAGUUACGUAUAUAAGCAUACGUCGAUACAGACACGCACACACACUAUCCAGCUCUGGGUAGUAAGGGAGAAACACACACACAUACUGUCUACAGAGAAUCAAGAAGUGAAAUGAACCCUCCCAAACCGACACAGAUGAGACCCGGUCAGGAUAUGUACCAUUCUAAACAUCCACCGCAGCCUCCUGUCAGAUCAUGCCCCCCCCCCCUCACAUCCAUAUCCCCUGUUCUUAGCCUCCUCCACAGAGCUCUGCCCAGCAGAACCAGACUGACCAGACCUCCUCAACAGAGGGGUGCGAAAGGGAAGGGGGCGAAAGGUACCCUCUCUUAAACAGAGAUGCUUUACCCGACAAGAUUCAUUCAUCCAUCUUCCUCUCUAAUAAAUCUGAGGGGUUUAUUCAAUGAGAUGAGAGUUCAGAGUGCGGCAGUUAGAAAUGCAUUCACUGCAUUGCAUAGAGCUGUUAUGACGCAUUUGUUUCCUGUCUAUAUGUUGCAUUUCUGUCUACAGUGAUGUGAACAAUCCACCAUUUUGACCAAACCCCUGCUCUGCAGGGUAUAUGGAGAGGAGGGGAAGAGAGAAAUACAAAAUAGUUUUGUCAAUAUCACACGGAUAUCAGGCUCCAAUCCCUUACCCCUCUUUCCACUACUUUAACCGUCCAAAACCCUUUCUAUUUAUUGCUAGUGCUGAAAAGAAAAGAUCCCCCACACUUCCACAUCCCCCACACUUCAAAUCAAAUGAGUCUGCCGGUGCUGGUGUAGAUCGACUUCACACAGGCGGUGCCACAAGAUUGAGACCAUUGAUAAGAUUGAGAAAUGUCAUGAUAAUCGUUAAUGAAGGAAGAAAGGUGUGGUUCUGAGGAAGACAAAGACGAGACAGACAGAUUUCCUUUUCAUUUUAAUCUGAUUCAUUAUGUAUUUUAAUUUGAGGUGUAAGUCGUACCUACCUAUAGAUAAUCUGAUUUGUCUCAUUAAACAAAACUCUUCCUGGAAAAUGUAUGAAUAAAAUAUUAUGAAAAAAGGCUUUACAUUUUUGGUAUGGUGUGGCACCAUACGUUGUUGUAAAUUAGGUUCUUGCUUUUUGCUUUUAUUUUAGCAUUGUAGUUGUGGUAACCUUGGCAAUGGCUUCCAUAGCUGUGAUUUGUCUGUUGGCCUCAGCUAAAAAUCCAUACCCAAUUCAACAUGUUUGAACUAACUUUUAACAGAACUGUACUACAAAAUAAAACUAAGUUGGUCAAUAA